GCCUUGUUCACUUCAUUAUUGUUCAUUAAUUGCUGAGUCCCAAGCCUAUAUAUAAGGAGUUGAUCCGCACAAACAGAAAAGCUAUCUUCCUCUGCUACUAUAAUCUUCAUCAACACUAUCAUGGAUUUUGCUUCCGUGGCAGUAGCAUUGAGUUUAGCGUUAGUUUUAGCUGUAGUUGUGGUUAGACACCAUGCCCAAAGAUUGAGUGACAAGAACAAGAGAUACCAUCCUGUUGCCGGAACUGUCGUGCACCAACUUAUCAACUUCCCUAGGCUACACCAUUACAUGACUGAGCUUGCAGGCAAGUAUUACACUUACAGGAUGCUCGACUUGUUCAAAGGGGCGGUUUACACAGUAGAUCCUGCAAAUGUUGAAUAUGUGCUCAAAACAAACUUCGCUAAUUAUGGCAAGGGGUCGUAUAUGAACAACAUUUUGUCAGAUGGACUAGGCGAUGGGAUCUUCUCAGUGGAUGGGCAAAAAUGGCUACAUCAGAGGAAGUUGUUGAGCGCUGAAUUCUCAACAAAAGUAUUGAGAGACUUCAGUCGUGCAGUUUUCAAAACCAAUGCAAUUAAACUUGCUGGCAUAAUUCAUGCAGCUGCAACCAGCAGCAACCAAGCAAUAGAGAUCCAAGAUUUGUUUAUGAAAUCAACGUUAGAUUCAAUCAUCAAGAUUCUACUUGGUAUCGAACUAGACAGCAUGAGUGGAAAAGAUGAAGAAGGUAACCGGUUUUCCCAUGCUUUUGAAUCGGGGAAAGAAGCUACCUUGUAUCGGUUGAUUGAUAUUUUCUGGAAGAUCAAACGCUUCUUAAACAUCGGUAAGGAAGCAGAGCUAAAGAAAAACAUCAAAGAGAUCGAUCGAUUUUUGUAUAAGUUAAUCAAUAGCAAGAUUGAAACUAUCCAGAGUCCAGAAGAUGAUAACAUAUAUUGGCAGCUGAAGAAAAGAGACUUGGUUUCAAGGAGUUUGGAAAUGAAAGAUAGUGAUCCAAAGUACUUGAGAGACAUGGUCCUCUGUGUUACUGCCGCCGGACAAGACACGACAGCUAGCUCUCUUUCAUGGUUUGUUUAUAUGAUGUGCAAGCAUCUUCACAUACAAGAAAAGAUUGCACAGGAAGUUAGAGAAGUAAUAAAUUUGAAAGAUAAUCCAAGUGUUGAUGAGCUUGCAGCAAGCCUUGAUCAAGAAGCCCUUAACAAUAUGCAAUAUCUCCAUGCCGCUUUGAGUGAAACAAUCAGACUCUAUCCUCCAAUUCCAAUGAAUGCAAGGGUGUGUUUUUCUGAUGAUACCUGGCCAGAUGGAUUUAGUGUCAAAAAGGGAGACGUGGUGGUAUAUCAACAUUAUGCAAUGGGAAGGAUGAAAUCUCUAUGGGGAGAUGAUGCAGAAGAGUUUCGGCCAGAGAGAUGGCUCGACAAAAAUGGCAUUUUCCAGGAUGAAAGCCCUUACAAAUUCACAUCCUUCAGUGCCGGUCCAAGAAUUUGUCUAGGAAAGGAACAUGCCUAUACGCAAAUGAAAAUCAUUUCUGCUGUGCUUUUAAGCAGCUAUAUAUUCAAGCUAGCUUAUGAGGAAAAAAUUGUCACUUACAAGACCAUGAUCUCCCUACCAAUUGAUGGAGGUCUCUAUGUGAAGGCCUCCCCAAGAUUAUGGCAUGCGAGACCUUAAAUCCCAUGUUUCAUAACUGCUUCAGGCAUUACUUGUCUUUCUAUGUAUACUCCUUUGCCUAGUAGUGCUCAUGUGCCUUAUCAUCUUCGGACGGUAAUAAUAAAAGUUUACUUGAUAAAUUGAU